CCGCCGGUGGCAGCAGGGAGGUUUCCUGCAGCCGAAGGGGGCAGGGAGGAAGGGUGCCUGUCCCCAGACAAAAGGGCCCUUGUCCCGCCGCGGGGACAGGAGGGUCGCAGGCGGCAGCGCUGAUGUGGCAGCGGGCAGGGGCGGGAGCCGCGCUGCCCGCGGGAUGAGCGGGCGCUGCCCCCUGAGCCCCGGGGAGCCCCGGCGGCGGCGGGGCCGGGCCGUGACGUGGCAACUUCCGAGGUGAGUCCGGCUGCACCUUCACCGGAGAGCCAGCCCGCCGCUCGUCCUGCUCGCCCCGCCGGCAGCUUCCCAGCCCCGCCGCUGGAGACGAUGAUUCCCAGGCAGCAGGGACGCCCAGGUCACCCCGCUGAGCCAUGAAUGCCUCGGUGCCCGGCAGCCAGCUGAGACAGCCCGAGCCCCAGGACGUGGCCGCCUUCACCCCCGUCUCCAUCCUCAAGAGCGUGACGAAGAGAUCGGACGCGCUGCCCAUGAUCUCGGUGAUCGUCGCCGCCUUCGUGCUGCUGGCCGUGCUCAUCAUCCUGGCCGUGCACUACGGCCCGCAGCUGCGCACCGUGCACAUCACGCUCUACCACGAGCCCAUGCCCCAGCACAUGGACAGCGUGCUCCUCACAGACUGGAGGCAGCUGGGCUCCCUCGGGAUGCUGCCGGGCCGGGAUCUGCCUGGCAUGGGCUCGGCUGGAGUGACCUGCCACUGCUCCUGCAGCCGCCACCUUCCCCACGGGAGUGCUGAGCCCAAUGUCAUCGAGAUCACCUACCUGUGACACAGCCCUGGGCAGGGCUCGAGGGACGUGUCCCACUGGAAGAGCUGGGAUGGGCUGUUCCUGUGUCCUGGGACUCGCUGCUGCCCACACACGGAGCCUGCACCUCCCCAGACCCAUGGCUGACCCAGGAAUGCUCAGCCAGGAGGUUCAGAACCCCUCACUGGCCCCCAAAAGUCCAGCCCAGGGGUGCCACUGUCCCCAGGCUGGAGCUGGGUCCCAGCCUGGGCUCUGGGGCCACCUCAGCCUACAUGGGACAGCUUUAGCAUCUCUUCUGGUUUUACCUGUCCUGGUUUUACCUGUCCCACACUGCCUGGGAGUGGCCAGCAGAGCUGCCUUGGUCCUUGCUCCAUCUGGGGAGCUCUGGGGCUGUGCUCAGCUCAGCUGUAGCUGGAAGUUGCAUCAUCUGGAAUUGUUUUCCAGUGAAAGAUGUUUCCACACUCACAGUGCCCUCGUUGCACUGUUUAUAGGGUGCAGAGAAGCUUCCAGCCCUUCUUUGCCUCGUGUCACAGCCCCUUUUCCCACACUGGGGAGUGGAACAUCGUCCUGCCCCUGCCAGCUCCCCCAGCCCCUCGGGCAAACAGCCAGAGGAGAGGAAGGGAGAGGAUGCCGCUCCUGAUUCAGUGUUGAGUGGAGCCAGUGACAGGGGACAACAUGUCCUGUCCCCAGUGGAGGUGGGUGAGAGAAGAGCUGUGACACAGCAGAGGCAAGAGAGGUGAUAAUGGCACAUCACAGCUGACUGAACAUCUGGAGGUGUUGGCACCAGAGGGGUUCACGUGGCUUGGGCAGAGCCCGCAGCAUCUCUGUGCAAAGGGAUGGGGAGACCUGAGGUCACCCUCACUGUGGUCACCCUCACUGUGGUCACCCUCACCGUGGUCAUCUCUCUGUCCCCAUCCCCAGCUGCAGUCCCAAGGAGGGAGCAAUGGUGGGGUUGGCAUCCUCGGUGGGGUACUUCUGAAGUUGCUCUGUCACCCAGGGGAGAGCCUUGUUGAGGUGGCACAGAGGGAUCAGGAGAGGUGAAACCUGAGCCCUGCAGGCUCCUGGGGGGUGUCAGAGCAUGGUCCCUGUUCAGCCCUGGGGUCUCUGCUCCUGGAGGCACUGGGAUCUCUUCAGUCCCAGUUUCUCCUCCCGUGGUGGAUGCAGGACCUCGGUGUCUGCAGUGCCUGGGGAGAUCUGGGAUCCCCUACAAGGGUUUACUCUGCUGGACAGCCCCAGAAGUCAGGGUCCAGCUCCCAGCUCUCCCACUCUGGAAAAGCCAGGUCUGUCUGCCCUCAGAUCCCUGGCACAGAUCCCUGUGGGCACAGCUGGACAAGAGAUGGGCUUUACCUGUUCCUCCAGGUGCUGGAGGUAUUCCCAACAUGGCAGAUGCUCCAGGAUCCCUCCUCCCACUUUCCUUCCAACCCUUUUCUUGCUUUAAAGCUGAGUAGUGGUUGGACUUGCUGGAAACUUUUUGUCUCCACAACAAAUAUAAUUUAUAUUGCUUUUUGGGAGAGUUGUUUUCUGUUUUGAAUUUGUUCCCAAUUGUUUUCCAGGGCUGAUAGGGCAUUAUCAGCUCUCCCAUACCCAUGUUAGAGGAGAUAACAGCUGUCAUUUCCACUGAAAAUCAUUGAGUCCUGCUCCCUUUUCCAUGUCAAAAGAGGGCUUCAUUUGCAAUGUGUACAUCCCUAACAGCACCUCUGAGGAGAUAAUCACCUCUAGGGACUUCUCCUAAUUAAGAAAUGCUCUCUGUGAGGGUGGGCAGGCCCUGGCACAGGGUGCCCAGAGCAGCUGUGGCUGCCCCUGGAUCCCUGGCAGUGUCCAAGGCCAGGCUGGACAGGGCUGGGAGCAGCUUGGGACAGUGGGAGGUGUCCCUGCCAUGGCAGGGGUGGCACUGGAUGAGCUUUGAGGUUCUUUCCAACCAAAACCAUUCCAUGAUCUCUUUAAAUGACAACUGUUGGUUGUGGUCACCCCCACCAAGAGCUGGAGAAACCCCCUUGUAACCCUCGCAAGAUCUACACUGUGACACCCAGAGAGGCUGCACCCUGCCCUUGGGGACAUCAGCCGCUGUCACCUGUCCUGGGUGAGGCAGCAGGGUUGUCCCCAGCUUUGCUGGCUGUGUCAUUCCUGCUCAGGGAGCAGCUCUGUCCAGCACAAAGCCUUUAAUUAGAGGAACAGGAGCUUUCCUGGCAGCCCCCUCUGAAGAACACCCACAGCAGGGAAACAUCGGGUUUGGAGAGAAAAGAUUAAAAACGUCUAAAUAUUAAUAAAGAGAGAGACAAAAUGGGUAAUUAUUGCUGGCACUUAUUGAUUUGCAGCCGCUGGGGACUUGUAAAGGUCUGAUUUAUGUCACAGUGUGCCGUGGCCCGGAUCCAUCACUUACCCUGUGCGGCACAGGGAACCCACCCCGGGCUGUUGUUCAGGUGUUUUGGGCUGUCAAACUAAAAUCAAAUCAAACUGGCAGGGAAAGGUGGUGCUGCUGGGUGCCCCAUGCCCCCAUCCUGUCAGCAGCCCCUUCUGCACUCUGGAAAGAUCCAGAACCGAAGCUCCAGCCUUGGGGAGCUCUUCCACGUGUUUCAUUUGCAAACAGAAAUUUAGAUGCAAGCUUUUGGAGCACAGGAACGGAAUUACUGUAAGACUUAGAAUAGCAAAUGAAAUCAUACAAGCGAGCGACAAUAUGCUGCCAGCUUUCUCCUCCAGAAGGACAUCAAGGGUCAGAUCUCAACUCAUUGCUUUCUCCCACACAAUAAAACAUCAUUUUUACAGCUUCUCCUCGUUUCUCUUUGGCCACCUCUCCCUCUCUCUGCUCACAGAAUUGCUUUUUGUAGCACCGGGCUUUAUAAAACACGUCAGGGUCCUGGAGCAGCAGAGCCGUGCAUGACAUUACCAUAACAUUAUUCCUCUCUAUUCACACACCCAGCCGGGCCCAAUUUACUUCACUUAUAACUUUCUUCCCCUCCUUAAUAAUAAUCCUUUUAUGAGCACGGAGCAACAAUAACUCUCCUUAUCAUCCCCUCCGUGCAGGGCAGCUCCUGGAGCCUGGCAGGCAGGAGCUGCUUUGCUCAAAACCAGGGUUUUUUUUGCCUGGGGAAGCUUUCAGGAGCUGCUGCAUCGAUAAUUAACUCUGUCCUCAUCAAGGAUCGCCUGCACCCCCUUUUAUUUCCUUCCUAAUUAAGGUGUUGCCCUGCCGGAGGGGAGGCACCUUUAUAAUCCCCCAGAGAGGGUUUAGUGGGGGUACAGCGGGGUUUGGGGGAGACUCUGCUUGUGAUGCUGCAGAGUUGCCUAAAAUCGAGUAAAACCCAGGGCAAUACCCUAAAAUCGUGUAAAAGCGAGGAAAAUAUCCUGAAACUGUGCAAAACCGGGGAAAACGCCCAAAAAUCGUGUGAAACGGAAGGAAACACCCCAAAACCGUGCCAAACUGAGAGAGGCACCCAGAGCACCCGCUGAGGAUGGAGGGGAGGCAGCGUCCCCGCAGGGCUGGGGGCAGCGGAGCCCCCGGGACCGUGCGCGGGGGGAAGGGUGGGCGCAGCCCCUCUGUGGGGAGACUUUGGGGGGCUCAGCACCCCCAGGCCCUCGGGCUGCACCGGGGCCAGGCGGGGCCAGCGGCGGAGGCCAGCGCGGAGCAGCAGUGGGCUCUCGUGGUGGAGCGAUCCAACUGCACAGCGCAGGCACCGCCGGGGCUCCGCCCGCCCCGGCCCGCCCCGGCCUCGGCAGGCCCCGGGGGCUCCGCCAAGGCACCGCAAGGAGCCCGCAGGGACACGCGGGUGAUCCUUGGUGAGGGAGGGGGAGCAGCCCAGCCCAGGCGGGAGCGGUGGCGCUGGGGGUCACCUUCAGCCGGCGGUGGUUUUACGGAGAUGAGCUCUGGGAGAGCCAGAUCACCCCAAGGGAAGGUCCCUCCACCUCUUGCAGACCUCUGUGCCUGGUGUGAGAGGGGGAAUCGCGUCCUUCCUCCUGAGAAGGGGCCCCCAGGAGCCUCCCAGGUCCCUGCAGGCAGCUGAGGACGGGGAAGGUUCUGGGCUCCCUUGUGCAGCUGCACCUCACACACCUCAUGCUCAGGGAGGAAUUGCUGUCCCGCUGAAAAGGGAGUGACACUUCUAGAGGAGCAAAGGCUGUCCUUGAAGGGCUGAAAAUUCAGAAUCACAGAAUAUCCACAGUUGGAAGGGAUCCACAGAGGCCAUCCUGUUCAGCCCUGGCCCUGCACAGACACCCCGACAGUCCCACCCUGGGCAUCCCUGGGAGCAGUGUCCAAGCCCUCCUGGGGCUAUGGCAGCCUCAGCCACUGGAAGGGGCUUUAAAGUCUGCCUGGAGUCUCCUCUUGUCCAGGUGAACAUCCCCAUCUCAGCCUGUCUUCAGCAGAGAAGACUACUAGGUUUGAAAAAGCCUCUUCGCUCUCAUUCCAAGCCGCCCUCCGCUCCCUGCUGUGUCAUGGCACAGCUCCUGGUCCCAGGCUAACACCGUGUCAGCCCAAAAUGACAAAGUUUGAAGAUCUCCAGCUGUGCAGUGGAGCUGAAAAUAACCUGGUGGUGCUGCUCUCUGCCAGGUGAUGGACAGGGAGGGGGGUGCCUCCAGCACAGCUCUGCACCCCUGGGAGCUCGGGGUGUGCCCGUGUCCUGCUCUGGAGCCCAGAGAGCUGCAGAGGAGCUGGGUUUGCACUCCUGCAAAUGGCAUUUCCAGCUGCUCUGGGCACUGCCAGCAUCGGGCAGGAGCUGAAGGAAGCAUUGCACACAGUGGAAGCAUGAAGUGCUGUAAGAAUUCAGUGUAGCUGAGGCUCUUUCUGAGCUUUGCAUGAAAGGGUUCAGGUGCAGUCUAAACCUUAGAGGAGGAAUUUUGUGUUCACAGCCACCACAGUGCCCGUAGAGGUCCUGAAGUACGCCGGGAGCCUGCCGGGGUGUGAACAGGAAACAGGAGGAGACACGUUUUGUUUUUAGCACCAGAUCUCAUUUCCCUGCCUGUGCUUCUGGCAAGUCUCAGCUCGACCUGGUUUUUCUUUCCUAUUUCCUUGCGGUGUUACUUUGUCCAUCUCCCUCCGUGGCACUGAUUUGCAGCUCAGCCAUGCUUUUGCAGCAUCUCCUGCCAGCUGGGGAUGUUCUGAUGGCUGGGGGGUCACAGGCCUGGUCUGUAGGGAUUUAUUCCUGAAGAAUCAUAAAUAAUUCAUGCAGGAGCUCCUCCAGCUCCUCCUGGGCAGGCCAGACCUGUCACCCGUGCUGGGAUCUGUGCAGCCAGUCCGGGGACAGUGCUCAGGGGGGUCACAGCCCAGUGACAGAGACUUCUCCUCCCAGCCUUUCCCUGAGCAAACUGGUGCUCAAAAUCCCACCUGUCUUUGGGGAGAAAAAUGAGUGGUUUGGAGGUUUGGAAUCUUCCCAGCUGAGGGGUGGGGGAUGGCAGCAAGUGGGGUCUGGCAGGUGGGUGAUGGAGUUGGGGGAAUUCACCUCCUGUGGUGCCAGUGAUGGGUUAAACACAGGGCACUCGGGGAGAUUGGUUUGUUCUGCAGCUGGAUUGGGAGGCGAUGGGAGAAGGAAACCCCACGCAGGGCUCCUCGGGGAACCCCCUCAGUCCUGGGGUAUCAGAUUUAUUUCCUUUCCCUUGCGAUGUUCCAGCAUGGUUCUUCUGUUCUGC